AUGAAUAAUCUAAUUAAAAAUUUGGUAACAAAGGCUGAACAAGAGAAGACAAUUUACAAGUCAAAGGUGGAUUUUGCACAGUUGAAAUCUGAAAUACAAAUGUUAGAAAAGAAUGAUUUUCAAAUGUUGAAGACUGACAAUGAAAGAAUAAUUAGCGAGGUAGAAAAAUUAAAUCAAAAGCUAACAGAAAGUAUUAGACACACACAAGCUAAUGCGAAAUUGGAAUUAAAUUUGGAAAAGGCAACAAGCAUUUGGGUCGCAAAAACUGAUAAUCUAAAUAUUUGUAAUGAUAAUUAUCAUACUAAUCUUGUUCAUGAUUAUCAUAUAAAUCCAUGUGCAACUUGGCAUUUGAAUUCUAUUAGUAAUGAUAAAAUUAAAUCAAAAUUUGAUAAAGAUUUAGUCAUUAAACAUCAAAGCCAAGAAAAAAACAGCGAUGAACUUGAAGAUGAAGAAUUUGAUAAUAAUAAGGAAGUUAGGGUAGAAGAAGAUAUUUACUGUACAGUAGAAGACAGUGGCGAAAACAGCAAUAGUACAAUAUUUAAUGUUAAAUCUGAUACUUUGAAAAUCAAUUCCCAUUAUAUUAAAAAGCACUGUAAUAACUUUAGCGAAAAUGAAUGUAUAACAUUUUUAUUAACAACAGGAUUGAUUGCUAAAAAUUCAUUCCACAAAUUAAUGCAAGAAAAAAAGGAAAGCGAAGCAACCAGAAAAGAACAUGAGCAGGAUCUUCCACCAGUCAAUGUACCAAGAAUAUAUUGUAAUAUUUGA